GUGAUGUGCCUUUGAUUUCAGUAAACAAUUUGAUAGUGCUCCAGCGCGUCUCCAACCGUGUACUCCUGUACACUGUGUCCUGACACAGGAUAAUGGUCAUUAUGAAAAGCUCGAGAGGAUUACAACUCGCCUUCAGAAUUUAUAAGCGAAGUCAUCACUCAGUUGGAAUUAUUGGAGCGCCUUUUUCAAAAGGACAACCGCGGGAUGGUGUGGAGAAAGGACCAGACCUCAUUCGCGCAGCCGGAUUGGUGGAGAAGCUUAAAGCGCAAGGCUGUGCGGUCAGAGACUAUGGCAACGUGACGUUUGAGGAGGUGGCCAACGAUGAGCCAAUAGGCAAUGUGAAGAGACCCAGAGCCGUGGGCAGCGCCAACCAACGUCUGUCUGCUGCCGUCCACGCUGUGAAAAAUGACGGACACACCUGUGUGAUGCUGGGAGGAGACCACAGUUUGGCUAUAGGCUCGAUCCAGGGGCAUGCAGCAGCUAAGAAGGACCUCAGUGUGGUAUGGGUGGACGCCCAUGCAGACAUCAACACACCCCUGACCUCCCCUACAGGCAAUAUCCAUGGACAGCCCAUGUCCUACCUCAUCCACGAGCUGCAAUCCAAGAUUCCAGUUCUGCCAAAUUUCUCUUGGAUAAAGCCAUGCGUAUCAGCCAAAGACAUAGUCUACAUUGGCUUGAGAGACGUGGAUCCAGAGGAGCACCAUAUCCUGAAGCUACUGGGUAUCAAAGUUUACUCCAUGACUGAGGUGGAUCGCCUUGGAAUCGCCAAAGUGAUGGAGGAGACAUGUGACUACAUCUUCUCAAAGGUGAAGAAGCCCAUCCAUCUGAGCUAUGACAUCGACGCCCUGGACCCAUCAAUCUCCCCGGCCACAGGAACCCCAGUAGUGGGAGGGCUGACCUACAGGGAGGGAAUCUACAUCACAGAGCACAUCAGUCAGACAGGGCUGCUGUCUGCAGUGGACAUGGUGGAGGUGAACCCUAAGAGGGGCAGGACAGAUGAUGAGAUCAGCUCCACGGUCAACGCUGCAGUAGAUCUGAUACUUGGCUGCUUCGGAAGGCUUCGGGAGGGAAACCACCCUGCAAACUACAAGAUGCCCCUGCCUUGAGCUGCCAACCACCACCAGAAUCUACUGUUACGAUAAAGGGCUCUGGCCAUCAAACGCAAUCUUUUGUAUUAAAUCAUGGAGAUUAAAAUACUUUUUUUCCCACAGAA